AUGGCUACAAGUAAAAGCUACUCUCGACCAGGUCAUUUCUUGGCCAAGAGACUCCAAUCAAUGAGUCAUAAAUUAAUCUUCAUUUUCCCAUGUCAACAGUUGAUCUUUGGUCUGGGUACCCCUCUGCAACUGGACAGCGAGAGCAUAAUCAUAGGCAUCUUCGCCAAAAUCAUCUACGACCUGCCGGACAACGCCACAGAUUUCACCGUUCCUGGAGUCUACUACUCCCGCACCCAGAAGAGUAGAUGGAGUAUCUACAAAAUUCUGGAGAAAGUGGCGGGUCUGUACGGAUUCGGAGGAAAAGCUUGCGUGAUGAAGGCCAUUUGCGAGGUCGCAUCCGCUCCUUUCGACGGCAAACACGGUCUGCUUGGACAGUUGUUGCAAGUCUUCUUUAAGCCAUCCAGCACCGAGGAGGAGUACGACGAGUACGGGGACAGGGAGUACCGAGCGGCCGAGAGUUUGGGCGAGCAGGUGUCGGGAGAGAGCUGCCACGCCCUUUAUCCAGAAUGCCGCAGAAGUGUGCUCGACGUGUUUUCCACGGUGAUCACAUGA